AGAACAGUCAUUGUCGUGUCGUACAGAGAACGUGUACUAUUUCCCCUGGGUUUGUUUUGUCGUUUUUCCGACUUCGUGGGUGUCGGAGUUUAUGCUCCCUUUCUCCUUUGCUUUUCUCUCUACUCUCUUUUCUUUUCUUUUUUCUUUCUUUCUUUCUUUUUUUUUUGGUUCAAGGGUUACCCGUGAGGCAGUAAGGGAUGGCCGUACUAUUUACUUUCCAUGUCAUCAUUGCAUUGCAGUACAACUAGCUCUAUGCCUUACAUGCGGAGUCUCUUUGAGCCGAGUAACAAACCAUCAAAUAAAAAGAAAGCUAUGGACCAAAUAAACAACCACUUAUAGCUUGCUCUGCGGCGUUGCCACGUACAACGACUGGGACCGCUGCAUCGCCUCUAGGGCCUCCU